GAUAUGUUUGAAGUCAUUUUGUAUGGAAAAUCGCUCGCAAUGACUGUUGUUACUGUACUAACUUUCGGACGUCAGGAAUCGUAACUCAGUGACGUAAAUAUUGGUCAGUCUUGACGGGAUAUCUAAGUUCGAAGUAUAUCUGGAUGAUACUAAUGACUCAAAAAUUUAAGUUAACAGCUUGAAUACAGAACGGAAGUGCUAUAAAAAAUCUUGUAAUAACCAACAUGGCAGUUUGACAGUACAGGAAGAAUUCUAUGAUACAUCAGGCAUUUGCAAUCAAAAUUCAGUUGUUAACAAUGUCGGUUUUAAACCAAAGUGGAGAAGAACAAGUAGAAUGCCCAUUGUGUAUGGAACCACUGGAAGUUGAUGACAUAAAUUUCUUCCCAUGCACAUGUGGCUACCAGAUCUGCCGAUUUUGUUGGCAUCGAAUCAGGACUGAUGAAAAUGGGCUGUGCCCAGCAUGUCGCAAAGCCUAUCCAGAGAAUCCUGCGGAUUUCAAACCUCUCACACAGGAAGAAGUACAGAAACUGAAAGCAGAGAAACGACAGAGAGAUCAACAACGAAAGCAGAAGAUAACUGAGAACAGAAAGCAUCUAGCAAAUGUCCGUGUAGUGCAAAAAAACUUAGUGUUCGUUGUUGGAUUACCAAUGAGACUUGCAGAUGCUGAGAUAUUGAAAAAGCAUGAAUAUUUUGGAAAGUUCGGGAAAAUUCACAAAGUUGUUAUUAACCAGAGCACUACAUAUGCAGGCUCUCAGGGUCCUAGUGCAAGUGCAUAUGUAACGUACCAUAAAGCUGAUGAUGCCUUGAGGGCUAUUCAGGCAGUUAACAACAUUUCUGUAGAUGGUAGGACUAUAAAAACAUCAUUAGGCACUACAAAAUACUGCUCUCACUUUAUGAAGAAUCAGCCAUGCCCUAAACCAGACUGCAUGUACCUUCAUGAUUUAGGUGAUCCAGAAGCGAGCUUUACAAAAGAAGAAAUGCAGCAGGGGAAACAUCAAGAGUAUGAGAAAAAGCUACAUGAGCAGCUUCUGAAUGGCUACAACAAAGACAGAGGCCACAGCUGCUUCCUCUCAAUUCCUAAUUAUUUCCCUUGUGUGCUAAGGGUACUCUGGGAUCAGCUUCAUACUCAGUGGCACACAGAUCAGGAAAACUCAAGAGAUCCUAAGCUUCCACACGGGAAUAGAAGGAAAGGAAAAAAAAGAAGAAUGUUAGUCAUUAAUCAGCAUAACACUCGCUACAGACAGUCUCAAACUAAAAAAGGGCAGGUCGGUCCAGAUGUGGCCCGGUCUAGGCCAUGUUCCGGGAAACCGGGAUCCUCACCACCUCGUAGCACACAGAGUUCUGUAUGUGCAUCUUCAAAUUCUCCAUUGUCUUCAGGCUCUGCAUCUACAUCGUCCCAGUCACAAGUGAAUAAACAAGGCUGGCAACAUGCUUCUGCCAAUGUUGCAGGAAGCAACAGCCCAAUAUCAAGUGUCAGCAGUGGCUGCAGCAAUUCCAUGGGUCGAUCAACUGGUGGUGGAAACCAGAGACGUUCAAAGGAUUCUCACAAGAAAAGGCAUGCGCUACCUGAUGACAAAGGGAGACUGCGUGAUAAACUUCAAAAUGCAACUGGAGAGGAUCGCCAAAGCAAACCGACUCGUAGCAAGAUGAACUCGUCAAAUAGUGAACGCCCUGCCAAUGGUGUAGCUAAGGACCCAUCUCGAAAAUCAUCAGUAAAUUUCAAUCGCGCAUGUCGUACACGGUCCAAAGAAAGAAAUAGUGGUGGUGUGAGCUGUAGUUCAGCUAAUGAUGUGGCCAGUAAUUUGCCAGCAGGAAGGUUCCACAAGAAUUCUGGUAGAUUGCCUGCUGUGAGAGCUGCAGCCUUGUUUGAGCAAGAUAACAACUCUUUCUUUUCAUCAAAUACCUUCACCAAAGUGUCCACAACAGUUUCUGGCACAGGGGGUUCGGAUUGGUCCUCUAAUGGGCUUUCUGUGGCACACAUACCAGAUGUGCUGCCUCCGGUACACUCUUCAGAAGACUGGCAAGCAGCAUUUGGAUUUUCAAACCGGACAAAAGAAACCACAACUUCACAAGAUAAGUGUGUCCGUGAAGAUAGUAUGGAUGACGACGAUGAUGAUGAUGAUGUGGAGGAGGAGGAGGAAGAGGAAGAAGAGGAGGAGGAGGAGGAGGAGGAUGAAGAUGAGGAGGUGGAAGAUGAAGAAGAAGAAGAAGAAGAAGAGGAAGAGGAUGAGGAGGAGGAGGGGGGGGCUGAAAAUGGUGAAAAAUCAGUAAGAAUUGCUUCGGAACGAUUUAAAAAUGCGCAAGGGGGCUACAGAAUUAAUAAUAUUGAACAUAUUAUACGCAAAAUGCACAAGCUCCCUUUCAGUGAAGUAAAUGGUGUAGACAGCAGUGUUAUUGUUAACUGUGAAACUACAAAAAUUGCUUCAGGAAAUGGGUAUGUUUUCCACAAGGUGCUUUCUAAUGGGUUUGUUGAAGAUCCAACAGUAUACGUGAUAGGUAGCAGUCGUCAUGAAUUCUCAGGUCUCCAGAAUGGCUCGAUGCAACAUGUGCGUAAUGGAUUCUCUUCAAAGAGUGUAGACAAACGCUACCCCGAUAUUCACAGGAGGCGGGAACACCGUAAAGAAAAGCAAGGUUGUGUGUCUAAUAGUAACAGAGGAGUUGUGAAGCAAUCUAGGAAGAACAAUCGUAGUGCUACGGUUAGUGAACUGCCACACCACAGUUGUGACACGAAUGAUUCUUCUUUGGAAGAUGAUCGUUUUUCAAGCUACGGCGGCUCGGAAAGACAGAGAAACGGUAAUGACUCUUCAGACAGCUGUGGGGAUGUAGAUAGAGAGGAUGAGUUUUGUGAAAGGGUCAAAGAAGAAAUCAGACAAGAAGACAAUAUACGUGCCCCAGAUGAUGAACUGGACUUCGAUCCUUUCCAUGAAACCCAGAAGGCCUUGGCUGAAAUGAUUGAGAAAGAGACAAUGAUGUUGUCUGUUAGGCAGCAGGAAAGUUGUGGGAAUGACCAAGUGCAGCACAUCCAUCUCAAACAGCAUCAGCGGCAACACCACCAACAGCAGCAUCACCACUACCAUCACCACCACCACCACCACCACCAUCAUCACCACCAUAGCCACCACCACCACCAGCAACAACAGCAGCAACGGCAACACCACCACCAACAACAACAACACCACCAGCAGCAGCAGCAGCAGCAACAACAGCAACAACAUCAACAGCAGCAGCAACAACAACAACAUUAUCAGCAUGGGGGUCACAGUUUUCAUGGAUCAGCCAGUACACAACAGCAGUUUCUGUAUGGAGGGAAGAUACUUCCACCAUACACUAAUGGUGCAAGUUCAUAUCUCCUUCAUAAUCAAAGGGUUUCACAAAAUUCUCCUGCUAGAAGUAACACCAAUGCAAGGCUGCCUCCUCCAGGCUUCUCAGCUGGACCCAAUCACAUGAAUGCCUUUGGUCUUGGGAUCCCUCGCGCUCCCACGACAUCAGGUAGCAAAAUUCUGCCGUUCAUGGGACUGAGUAAUAGCAGUGCCAAUGGUGGUGGCGGUGCCAGCAGCAGCAGUAGCAGCAGCAGCAGCAGCAGCAGUAGUAGCAGCAGCAGCACAAGCACCACCACCAGCAGUGGUUGUGGUGGCAGCAAUGGUGGCAGUGGUGGUAGUGGUGGCAGCAGCUCAACCACCACCACCACGACCACUACCACGACCACCACCACCACCAGCAGCAGCAGUAGCAGCAGCAGCAGUAGCAGCAGCAGCAGCACAUGCAACAGUGGCCAGGCAUCUGGUCCACCUGCUCCAGACAACUCUAACUCCUUUGGACUGGAGGACCGCUACAAUACACAUGAAUGGUCAGAACAUGGAAGUCCAUCACAUCCACCAGUUUUUCCUAGUGCCACAAAUUCAAAGAACAAUACUUCAAAAGGGUGGACGGGAUCAGAUUGGGAUGCUCUAGACCCUGCAAUAGUAACAUCAUCACGGCCAGGCAGUUCAAAUCAUGGUCAAUCAUGGGUGCAGAAUGUUCCUGUCUAUACUUCUGCUCCUCCACCUCCGCCUCUGCCUCCAGCCCCUUCGGACUGGAGCUCCAUGUCGCAGCCUGUACCUCCACCACCACCUGGGUUUGGGCACCGACAUGUCACAAGAAAUCACAGCAGCAAAUCACCACUGCAUGAGGUUUCAAAGAGUUGAAAGUUGAAAUUGGGCUGUGAGUACAACGAAGUGCAUGCCAUUUGAGGUGCUGCUUUGGUAGCUGCUUGCAUAUAUCUAGGAACUGGAUUAUGAUUUUUGUUUUACAGUAUUUAUGCUUGUGUGCUGCUCAGGAUUACCAAGACUGUGUGUGAGAUCAAAAUGCACUAAUAUAUCAUUACAUAUUUUUUAAAAAAAGCAAUAAUGUUUCCAGAGUUUAAAAGAAUUGUGUGUUGGCUUUCAUGUACUCUCUAAGAAAAGACUGUUUUUGGGAGAAAGUUGAGAAAUUGAAAAAGUAACAUAAUAGCUCCUGUGAUUGAUUUUGUUAACUUUUGUGACCUUUACAAAAGUAAAAAAUGAAUUU